CUGAUCCAGGCUCCGCGCUGGGACCGACCUCGUCCAGCGCCGGGCGGAGCGCGCAGCCGGAGCGCUUGGGAGAGCAGAGAUGGAGAUCCGACUGCCGCACGCCGGGACCUGCUGAGCUUCUGCGGCCGCAGAGUUCACGGUAUUGACCACAAGUCUGUGGAGAAAGUCUUACAUCAUGUAUACUUUUGUCUGAACCUGGACAUCUAGAAGCUGGACCAAAACUCUUAGGACUCCUUGGAGGUGGCCAGGCAAGUUUACUUUGACAAAGGCAAAUUUGGAGACAAUUACUUAAGACCAGUUUGUAUAACAUCUGGAUAAUCAAAAUAGUCACAAUGAAGCACUUCUUGAGAAUGCUGAUCCAGGUGUGCCUGUAUUUUUAUUGUAAAUUUUUGUGGCGUUGCCUGAAAUUUGUAAUGAGAAAACUGACUGGAAGAUGUGAACUGCAACGAAUCUGUUAUAAUACCAAGCCUGGAGCUUCUAGAACCAUGAAAAUUGAAACAUCACUGAGAGAUUCAAAAAGUAAGCUAUUACAGACUUCAGUGAGUGUUCAUCCUGAUGCUAUUGAAAAAACUAUAGACGACAUCAUGGAACUGAAAAAAAUUAACCCCGACAUAAAUCCACAAUUGGGAAUCUCUCUUCAGGCUUGCCUUCUGCAAAUUGUUGGCUACAGAAACCUUAUUGCAGAUGUGGAAAAACUGCGCAGAGAAUCCUACGAUUCUGAUAAUCCCCAACAUGAAGAAAUGCUUUUGAAGUUAUGGAAAUUCUUGAAGCCCAAUACUCCACUGGAAUCCCGGAUUUCUAAGCAAUGGUGUGAAAUUGGUUUCCAAGGUGAUGAUCCUAAAACAGAUUUCCGAGGAAUGGGACUUUUGGGACUGUACAAUUUGCAGUAUUUUGCAGAAAGAGAUGCUGCAGCAGCUCAGCAGGUCCUCUCUGAUUCUCUUCACCCCAAAUGCAGCAAAUUCAGCAAAGCAGAAUGGGAGAAGAAAAGGAUGGAUAAAGCAAUUGGGUACUCAUUUGCAAUUGUGGGCAUCAAUAUAACUGAUCUGGCAUAUAAUCUACUGGUGAGUGGAGCACUAAAAACUCAUUUCUACAACAUCGCUCCAGAAGCUCCAACAUUAUCGCACUUCCAGCAAACAUUCUGUUAUUUGAUGCACGAGUUUCAUAAGUUUUGGAUUGAAGAGGACCCUAUGGACAUAAUGGAAUUUAAUCGUGUGCGAGAGAAAUUCCGCAAGAGGAUCAUAAAACAGCUGCAGAAUCCAGACAUGGCAUUGUGCCCGCACUUUGCUGCCUCAGAAGGUUUAAUCAACAUGUAGUCACCCACACUUGUGUCAAUGGAUAGCCCGGAACACUGCCUCAUUAUUGUGUUAGAUCUCUGCUUAGGUCCCGGCUCAUGCACUGAAUGCACUCGGUGAUUGUAUGCAUGCCUUUUGUUACAGUGUUUUCAUAUCUUGGUCAUAAUUACCAGAUCCCCAGAUACCACAAUGUCUGGAGUGUCUGUCCUCCAGUGACUGCUCAUAUUGUGGCAUCAUGCAGUGUUACAUCUUGCCUUGACACCCAGUAUGGAGAGAGUUUUCUAUUUUUUUAAAUUGUCUUCCUCUCACUCAUAAUUUAGCAUUGAAGAAUUGUAUUUCUCUAGCUGUAUUUUAUAUGUAAAAGAUUUAGCUGAAUUUUGUUCUGUGAAAGCCUUUUAAUUUAUUGAUAUGUUUUGUGACUACAGCUGCUAGCUCUUCAGACCAGGUUCAUGCUUGGACCUCAUUCCAAUAAAGUAUAAGACUUUAAAAUGAUACAAACAGAUACAUGAUAAGAUAAAUCAUUAUUACAAACACCCCUGCACUUCAUGAAAAUGUAACAAGGCUUACAAGAAGCAAAUUUAGGUAGGUGUUGUUUUUGUCUGAAGUACUACAGAAUUAUAUUGUAAUUUACCCCCAGUUGUAAUUGUGGCAUUGUCAUCUGGACAUCAUAUUAUUUUAUUCUCAUAAUUUUACUGGCUUGGAUGCCUAAAUAUGUUUAUGAUGCUUCAGCCUCAGAAAAGAAGUACGCAUACUGCAAAUGCUGCAAAAGCUUUUUCACUGCCUGCCUCUUGCUGAACUCAGAGUUAAACCCAGGCCCUGUUCUGAUCCAAGCAUCUUUGCUUGGGGCACUGAGUACUGGCUGGUUUGUUGUCUAUGUCAAAAAGUAAUAUUAAAAAAAAUUUUUGCAAGAAAAUGUGUUGCAAGAGAAGAACCUGACUUAUGAAACUAAUGGCCCUGUCUUUUAUCAAUGGAAGAAGUAAACUGCUUGCCAGGGGAACAAAAUCAAAUCAUUUCGAAACUGCUUAAAGUCAUUUUAAAAACCAUGAUUUAGUUCAGAGUUAUGAUUAUAGUCUGUUGAAUAGUAUUUACCAUGGCAUUUCAUCCCCAUGGUAUUUUAUACCUUCUGACUAUCAAUUUUAGUAUUAUUAGACGUUUGUGUAAUCAUUUGCUUAUUUAAGUGAAUUUUGAGUACGGCCUAACUCAGUUAUAAAUAAAUUACAUGUCAUUCUACUAUAA